CAGACCGCAGACAGGCUGAGCGUCACGAAGCGCUCCUUCUGCCGCUCCAGUGAUGGGGGAGGAAGGGAGGAACUGAAUGAAGAGAGGGAGAGGGAGAGAGGGAGGAGCCAGGCUGUCAAGGUGAACCGAUAAACCUCUCUUUUUAUUAGCCCUGACGCCCAAAACACGACGCGCAGCUCCUCCAGCAGGGAGGAGGAGGAGGAGGAGAGAGGACAGGGAUCGGAGGAGCACUCAUCCUUUCCACAGGGUGAUCAUCUUGACCGGAGCCGGGGGGAGACAACAGUCCGCAGACACUGGGAGAAGGGGGAGGAAAGUGAUGCAGGGGAAAGUCAGUGUUUUGUGAUUUUUAAAAAAGAUAAAUUUGGACGUAAACUUGGAUGGCUCGGAGUGAGUGGAGUGCGUCAUCUCGUGUGAAACGGCCGAGGAAUUAAAAGAGCGGCGUGAGGCUGAGGACUCCCGCCGGGAUCUGAGAAGGAAGAAUCUGGUGUCCUGGCGGUGCAGACGGACCCCCGACUCCAACCCCCUGCGGUCCUGAAGGGACCAGCUGUUUGACUUCACGUGGAUGAACUGGCCUGACGAGGAUUCACACAUCACCUCUGGGGGUUUUUGGCGCUUCUGAUUGGUUCAUCUGACCUCCAACUCUUCUUCUUAUUUUUAUUUUUCUUCCUGUCUCUCUAAAGUUCUGCCUUAGAACUCAGAUGACAAUGCUGCUGCAGUUUUAUUUCCCAUCAGAAAAGCGGAAAAGGUUUUCAGCUGCUGCGCCGUUAUCAGCCUUUCAAGAAAACUGAGAGAGUGGAUUAUUGAAAGGAGUCUGGAGCCUUUUGGAGAAUUUAAAUGGAUGUUUAAACACCAGGGAAGGCGCAGAGUUCAUCUGUAGUCCUGAGGAAUAACAGUGUGUGUCUGUCAGUUUGUGAAUGUGUUUGUUCAUCCUGGAGAUUCAGACACAUUUACAUCUGAAUGAGGAUGAGUUCAGGCACAUCUGGACAUGUACACAACAGAAAGAAAGAUUCAAAUUUCCUGCAGGUUGACCUGAAGUGUUCUGAUUCAGUUACCAGAUUUUUUACCACUCAGCAACUUAAACUGUGAUUCUUUUGAAGUUGAAAUGAAUUCACCUUCAAAAUUUCUAAAGCACAAAGAUUUCCUUUGAAUAUUUUAGUGAAUGUGGUGGAGCUGGUGCUGUAGCAUACAAAGUUUAAACAUAAUUUGGACAUUAUUUUUAUACCCAGUGUCUAUUGUCACAUGUAACAUCCUGUGAUUUACAUCCAUUUCUCUGUAAACUAGUUGGACAGAACUGGUUGUGGUGAGACUAACGAGCUGCUGCUGCUGUUUCUGAGACAAUUAACCUCAUCAUUAACAUUUGGAGGAAAAAUUUAAUGAGAUUUUAUUCCAUUAGAACACAUGCAAGUCCACAUUUUAUAAAGGAUGUUGCUUUUUAUCGACUGUCGGCACCACCGAGACUGUAACUGCAGAAUGUUUAAUACUCAGACAUGUGACAUUUAUUUCCAGCGUCCACUGAACUUUCCUGGUUUUCCUUAAAGGUUUUUUAAAGAGGAACCGUUUGCUCAAUCAUCUCACCAAGACAGCAUUUGAAUGUCUGUUUAAAUUUGUGAAUUAUUGAGCAAGAGAGCCGCCAUCUUGAGGAAGUUUAAGAGUUUUAAAGAAUUUAAAAAUUUGAAUUCAUCAGCUAUUAUCAACACUUAGCACCUGCAUUUAUUAUUUUAGUUCCCGCUGUGGAUUAUUAUGAGCCACACUUUGGCUUGUUGAACCUGGAGAGACGAAUCAGAAGCUUCACAGCAUCGAGAGGACACGUAUAAUCCCAUCCCGUCCAUCUGAAAUCACUUCUUCCGACCUCCGGGGGGAACUUGCUGCCCACAUCCCAUCACCGCCAUGGUGAUGUCGCAGGGCACCUACACCUUCCUGGCCUGUUUCGCCGGCUUCUGGUUGGUCUGGGCCCUGAUCGUCAUGCUCUGCUGUUUCUGCAGCUUCCUGCAGCGCAGGCUGAAGCGCCGCCGCGAGGAGAGGCUCAGGGAGCAGUGUCUGCGAACGGUAGAGGUGGAGCCGCUCAGCUGUCACCCCGCAGGAUACCCGCCUGCUGCCCCACCUCCACCUCCGCCACCACCACCGCCUACGCAGCUGCCCAGGGAGCCACCGCAGUUCUGCCCUCCUCACACCCUGUCGUCACCGCCUGUUCCUCUGCCGGUUCCUCAUCCCAUGCCACAAGCAACCUGGGUCAGCAUGCCAGACACAGAUAUAUUUGGGAAGCCGCCCUGCUACGAGGAGGCAGUCCUGAUGGAGGAUCCUCCUCCGCCCUAUAGUGAGGUCCUGGCUGACCCAAGGGGGGGCACCUAUCUGAAGCCUGUCCCGCUCCGAGCAGCGCCGCCACUGCCUCUUCCGCUGCCUCUCAGGGAACACCAGGAUCCCGUUCCAGUGUUCACGUCCGAGACCAGCAAGCUCCCCUCGGCGACAGUGUUCCCUGAUCGGGGCUACUCCUCCCUGAUCCGCCUGCCUUCGUCCCAGCGCUGGGACUCCCUGGGUCACCUCCUGUCCAACAUGGACCUGAACCACAACAACCUCGCCCCAUCGGGCGGCCGCUCACUGCAGGCGGCCGCCGCGAUGGCUACCAUGCCCCGCAGAGAGCCCAGGACUCAACAUGACAGACUUGGGCUCCAAGGUGGAAUACCUGGACUCCAAGGGGGGAUACAAGGACUUCAAGGGGGGAUACAGGGAUUCCAAGGAGGGCUACAGGGGCUUCAGGGGGUUCGUGGACUGAGGGGACUGGAGCCCAGCUGUGGCCUGCCCACAGCCUUCCCCCUGCUGGGUCGGAGCACUGCUGUCUAGGCUGUCUGAGGAGCCUCAGGCAGGAGAUGUUUAAGGACGGACUUCCUGUGUUUUCGCCUCCUGCUCAGUGUUUACAGCACUAUCACCAGUACAAGUAGAUUUAAUUCCCUCGUGAGAGCUAGAAGAGGGUUAAAGUACUGCAAAGGCGUCAGGAGCUCAGUUCCCCGUGCAGCUCGGUGGGCGAAGGGUGCCACUUACUGUGUGUGUGUGUGCAGGGGGGUUAAAAGAGGAAAUUACACACCGUUUCAAACCAGUGUUGUUGAGUCACUGAGGUUUCCUGGUGUUGUAUCCAAGUUAAUCGAGUCAAGGUUUCUUUUGGAGAGCAGAGGACGAGUAACGAGGAAGAGGAAGAGCGACAAGCACAGCUGUUUCCCUACCUUUCACCCAGACUCCCUUCCUCCUCCCCCCUCUCUUUCUUUCCUUCUGUCGCCCUCUCAUUCUGUUCAUCCCUCCUCUCCUCUUUCUGCACCAGAGCAAACCUAUUGUACCAGUCUGCUGUUGCCAUGGCUCCCGGGAACUGUCUGUUGCCCACGACGACCUCUCCUCUUUUAUCUGCUCUGAUUUUUUGAAGACUCUGUUCGCAGCUUCGCCUCCUCUCACAGACUAUGAGCACUAACACUUUACAACAAGAACACGUGGUGACUCUGGGUGGGACUCGACCACCGUGUUUGUGACAUUUUGUUUACAGUCAAAACACUUCAGAAAAAAGGUAGAGAACGACAAGCUAGCCAGGACUGUGAUUUGUAACAUGCUGCUUUGUUGUUUUCAGUGUCGUCUUUAAUCGUUGUAGUUUGGCCUCAACCUGUCGUUAAGGCUCUGUCUGUGGUCACUGGGCCAUUAAUGUGAAAAACCUUAUUUUUCACCUACAAAUUUAUUAUUCUUUUCAGCUUUGUGACAAACACCUUUUCUCUUGUGUGAUAAAAACAUCUCCACCUGUAAGGAUUCUUCCAAUAAAAAAUAAAAAAGGGUCAAAAUGUCAAAAUAAAACAAAUGAAACUUU